CAGAUAUGAAAUAGAGUUACAAUAUUGUAGUGCUGAGUCUGCAACUAUGCAUAUCUGCACGAGGCUGCCCAUUGUUCAGUGAUAGCAGCGUAUCAGACCACUAACACAAUGCAACUAUCCUGCCUCUUGUUGAUCGUCUCCGUAGCUUGUUCUACAGAGCAGAUGCGUGGGGUGAUGGCGGGAGACAUGUUUGACCGGUGGAAGGAGUGGUACCAGACCAAGUUCAAGCCUUGUGUGCAGAUCUGUCCUCGCCAUCAGGAGUUUGUCUGCGGGUACGACCAGAGUCGUUUCCAGUACGCCGUAACAUCCAGUCUCUGCUUGCUCCAGAAGCACAAUGCUUGCUUCAAUGCAGAUUAUAAAGUAGUUCCCAUAGAGAAGUGUCUGAACUACCUGAAGUUUGCUCCAAACAUUCCACCAUCAUCACCACAGAAUUUUCCACUUCCAGUUAUGGUGCUUCUUGAUUAAAAUAGUUUUAUCUAUAAUUUAGAGAAGCUGAUUAAAAAAAUAAUAUUGACUUCUGAAAAACUAAAUACCGCAUGGUAAUGGAAUAAAAAAAUUUUUAUAAAUAUA